AUGGCGGAGCCGGACGUGGGGCCGCUGGUGGCGAGUUUCAUCGACUUCACCGGCAGCGACGACGCCGUCGCGCUGCAGAUGCUGCAGGUGGGCGGGGCCCCGCGCGCCACGUGCAGCGCCACGUGCCGCGCCACGUGCUGCCUCACGCGCCAUGCCCCUGGCACUGUGCGUGUGCUCGUGUGUCUUAGUUUCGUUGCCCCCGCCUCGCGCGUGCCUGCGCGCUCCUCGAGUCCCGCGACGAACUGGCAACUGGAGGAGGCGGUGCAGCUGUUCUUUGGGGGGGGCGCGGAGGCCGCAGGCGCGCAGCAGACUGACGCGCAUGGGGGCAGCGCCGUGGGGCCUGCGGGAGGUGCAGGCAACGGGUCACGUGACGCCACUCCCCCGCCUCGCUCCUCGUCCCCGCCACCCCCGCCAGCAGCAGCAGCAGCAGCAGUAGCAGCAGGAGGAGGGGGUAUGGGCGGCAGCAUGGGGGGCGGGGAGGAGGUGGUGCGGGCGCCGCUGCCAGUGAGGCGGGAGGCGCUAUAUGGGGAUGCAUACGCGCUCAACCGCCCCUCUGCUGCCGCUGCCGGGAGGACGCCUGGAGGGCCCAGUGUGCCGGUGGUGGUGGAUGGGUUUCGGGACUUUGGCGGCGAGGCAGGCACGAGGGCGAGAGCGCGGGGAGAGGGGCAGCAGGGCGGAGAAGGGGGAGCGGCGCGGCAGGCAUCGCUGGCAUCGUUGUUUGAGCCGCCCUAUGACAUCCUCUUUGCGGGUUCCUUCGACCAGGCGAAGCAGCGGGCGGGGGCAGAGGGCAAGUGGCUGCUGGUGAACGUGCAGUCGACGGGGGAGUUCGCGUCGCACAUGCUGAACCGGGACGUGUGGGCCGUGCCAGCUGUCAAGGAGACCAUCUCCACCUACUUCCUCCUCUGGCAGGCGAGGCAGGUGGACGCGGCGGCAGCGGAGGGGGCGAAGGUGUGCGGGUACUACCAGGUGGAGGCGCUGCCCGUGGUGAUGGUGCUGCACCCCUCCACGGGCCAGCGCAAGCGCUGCUGGCAGGGCGCGUUCUCUGCGGACCAGCUGCUCGAGGACCUGAUGCCGUUCAUCGACCGUGGCCCCGUGGGGGGCGCACCCGGGGCGGGGGGGGAGGUACGGCCGCCCAAAAAGCAGCGCGACGUGGCGACGGGAGGGGAGGGGGAGGCAGAGGGCGCGGGGGCAGUGGGGACCGGCGAGGAGGACGAGGAGGAGCAGCUGCGCCUGGCACUGGCCGCCUCCCUGGAGGGGCACACAGAGGAGGUGGGGGGGGAUACCGAGGGACGGAGAGGCGAGGCAGAUGGGAGGGAGCAGGGUGGGGCCGCAGGGGCAGGCAGGGAUGACACCUUGCAUGCGGCACAAGGGGAGCAGGCACAGCAGGGGGCGUUGGCAAGAGGGGCAGCAGAGGAGGAGGUUGAGUUACCAGAGGAGCCAGCAGUGGGCACUCCUGCCAGCUGUCGCAUCGCCAUUCGCUGCCCGGAUGGCAGUCGACUGCAGCGGCGGUUCCUCUCCUCGCACUCUCUCCAGGUGCUGCUCGCGUUUUGUAACACAGCCUGCCUGCCACCCUUCCCAUUCCACUGCACUGUCCCACAUCACCUUCCUGCCAUGCCUGUCCCCUUGCUCUCCCACUCACUCCCUUGUUCUCCCUCGCCCCACUCCCCACUCCCCCAGCUGCUGAGGGCAUGGUGUCGGCAGCAGGUGCCAGAGGCGGCAGCAGGGAGGCCCUUCCGUUUGUCACAGGCGCUGCCCGGGUCCGCUCCUCUCAACCUCUCCUCGCCCACCACCAUCGCCGAUGCCGGCCUUGCCAACUCCCUGCUCGCCCUCGCCUGGGACUGA